AAACAAAUUUCUUGAAUCAAAACGCAUCCUAAAUUGUUCAGACAUUCCGAAAUCAGAUGGAUAAAGUGGCGGAAGAAGUGGAGAAAGUGAAGAAAGAGUAUCAAGAUACAUUCGAUCAAACCGUAGAUCACAUCGACGCAAUCCAAAAUUACGGGAAAACAUCGCGAAUUUCUGAUCAGAUUGAAAUUGAUGAAGCCGAGAAGAAAGAUUCACUGCCUAGAUUAAACGGGUUAGCUCAAGAUGGGCUGAACAUGCUGCAAUCGCUCCAGUUCAAUCUCGAUCUCCUCGCCCCACAAUUGCCCUCUGCCGAUGAUGCCGAAAAGGCGCAAUCUUUGGCGCAGUCGUGGAAAAAUCAAAUCCAGAGUUUGCGGCUGAAGUUAAGGAAUGCAAAUUUGCAAGCAAAGGCAAACAUGAAGAAAUCUGCUCAACAAGAGAGAGAGCUUCUUUUAGGAGGGGGAGAAGAGUCUACAGCUCGAAGGCGCAAUCUACAGACUAAAGCAGGAAUGACUUCUGCGGCUGAGAGCAUCACAGAGAGCCUUCGUCGGACUCGCCAGCUUAUGGUUCAGGAGGUUGAACGGAGUGCAAGCACUAUCAUGACUUUCGAGGAAUCGUCUGGAGUGUUAAAGAAAGCUGAAAGUGAAUACAAGGGCCACCGGUCACUAUUCUCACGCACCCGAGGCCUUCUGUCCACAAUGCAGCGUCAAGACGUUCUUGACAGAGUGAUCCUUAUCACCGGAUUUGUCAUUUUCUCCUUGGCCGUUUUGUACGUUGUUUCGAAACGUGUCGGUAUCCUAAAGCUGCAGAGGCAAGUAAUUGCUGCUGUGAAAGCGGGGAUGGCGGGACGAGAAGUGAUUGCGCCGCCACCUAUUAUAGGUGGCAGGGAUGGUGUGAAUGUUGUUCCAGUUCAUCAAAAUAUGGCUCCUGACUUAAAUGUUCCAUUAGAACAAGCCAGGCAUGAUGAACUUUGAAUUGUUCAUUUAUAUUUAGUGUGAAAUAUUUGUUCAAUCUUUCCUUUUUUUUGUGUAUGUGGGGUAGUGAGGGGAUGAUAUUUUCUUUCUGGAUCAUAGAUGAAAUUGAUAGUUUA